AAAAGAGAAAGAGAAACCAGUUCCACUGCAAUCACAACUUCACACAGUCAGUGGGCUGAAGUCACAACUUGAGUACAGUGUUCUGUUUUGUUUGUACACAGCAGUUUUGAGUCAUCAUGGACUUUUUUAAAGGCCUUCAGACGAUUCUUACCGUGUAUUUUCUAGCAUGCAUUUAUGGAGACAUCAUGAAAAUAGACACCACCGGUGCAUCAGAGGUGACAGCAAAACAGGACAAAUUAACCGUAAAAGGUGUCGAGGCUUCCAAAAAACUGGCUGAGCAUGAUCUGGCCCGAAUGGAGCAGUAUAAGAGUAAGAUCAUCAAAGUUGGUACAGCAAAGCAGAUGGACCCGGCUGUGAUUGCUGCCAUCAUAUCCAGAGAGUCCAGAGCUGGAGCUGCUCUAAAGGAUGGAUGGGGCGACCAUGGCAAUGGCUUUGGCCUCAUGCAGGUUGACAAACGCUACCACAAGCUGGUAGGUACAUGGGACAGUGAGGAACAUCUCACACAAGGGACUGGGAUACUCAUUGGCUUUAUUAAUGACAUAAGAGCAAAGUUUCCCCAGUGGACAAAAGAGCAAUGCUUUAAAGGGGGAAUAUCAGCCUACAAUGCAGGAGUAAAGAACGUCCGUACGUACGAGCGCAUGGACGUGGGCACCACCGGCGGUGAUUACUCCAAUGAUGUUGUUGCCAGAGCCCAGUGGUUCAAAAGCAAGGGUUACUGAAGAAAAACAGUCAUAAUUCUACUUUUUGUUCAUUCUGACAAUUGUUCACUGUUCUUUAUUUUGUAUUGUAUUUGUUUGGAUAAAAUAAAAAUCAUUUAUUCACUCACA